AUGUCUCAAUCACCAAGCCCCCUCUCAAUCCCCACCGUAACCCCCUACACGAUCCCUACAGAAUGGGCACCAGCCCUCGGCUCCCACCGCACCGGGUACGCAUCCACCAUGCCCGACGGGCUGAAACAAACAAACGGAAUCGUCCGUGAGCUCCUACACUUCAACGCCUUCGUCACCGUCAUGCCUGAGUCCGACCAGGACGCCGAACGCUCGAUUGCCCCCGAGGUCGACGACCUGCGCACGCAGGCGGAACUGGCCUCCCCGGGCCAGGACGAGCUCGGGAAACGCACGUAUGGGUUCUGGCAGUGCCCCGAUGGAUUUAUCAAGUGGGGCAUGGGGAUUGUGAGUGAUGUUGCGGAGGAUGUUGUGCUUGCUCUUGUUGAGGCGGGGCGGGAGGUUCAGGUUGAGACGUUUACGGGGAGGGAUCCGGCUUGUGGGACGAAGCCUGCGUUGGGGUUUCAGUAA